CUUUUCUCUCAAAAACAGAUCACCACCGUGAACACACAAACACACACAUCUCGGUGAGAUAAGUAUUCGAAAAGCCUACUAUACCAUAAGACUCCUGAUUAAAAUGUAUCUUGAACGUUGGUCGGUAUAAAAUUCCAUGUUAUAUACUGUCGCUCAGAACAUGGGCUUACUCUGCAGUAGACACAAACGUGGUGGUCAAGCUAAUACAGAAGAAGAUGUUCAGGCUGCAGAAAUAGAACGCCGGAUCGAGCAAGAAACAAAGGCAGAGAAACAUAUUCAGAAACUUUUGUUACUUGGUGCUGGAGAGUCUGGGAAGUCCACUAUCUUCAAACAGAUAAAACUACUAUUUCAAACUGGCUUUGAUGAGAGAGAGCUCCAGAGCUACACCUCGGUCAUUCAUGCAAAUGUCUAUCAGACAAUAAAAAUAUUACAUGACGGGGCAAAGGAGUUAGCUCUAAGUGAAGGAGGUUCAUCAAAGUACUCUUUAUCGACUGAUAAUAAGGAAAUUGGAGAGAAAUUAUCAGAAAUCGGUGGCAGGUUGGAUUAUCCCCGCCUUACUGAAGAGCUUGUUCAGGACAUCUUAAACAUUUGGAGAGAUCCAGCCAUACAGGAAACAUAUAUUCGUGGGAAUGAGCUCCAAGUUCCCGAUUGUGCUGAUUAUUUCAUGGAAAACUUGCAGAGAUUGUCUGAUUCGAAUUAUAUUCCCACAAAGGAGGAUGUUCUCCAUGCCCGUGUUCGUACAACUGGGGUUGUAGAAAUCCAGUUCAGCCCUGUUGGGGAGAACAAGAAAAGUGGUGAAGUGUAUAGACUUUUUGAUGUUGGAGGCCAGAGAAAUGAGAGAAGGAAGUGGAUUCAUCUAUUCGAAGGUGUUACAGCCAUCAUAUUUUGUGCUGCUAUUAGCGAGUACGAUCAAACCUUAUAUGAAGAUGAAAACAAGAAUCGAAUUAUGGAGACGAAAGAACUCUUUGAAUGGGUCCUAAAGCAAAAAUGUUUUGAGAAAACAUCCUUCAUGCUGUUUCUAAACAAGUUUGACAUUUUCGAGAAAAAGGUUUCAAAAGUGCCCCUGAAUGUAUGUGAGUGGUUCAAAGAUUAUCAACCGGUUUCAACAGGAAAGCAAGAAGUUGAGCACGCAUACGAGUUUGUGAAGAAAAAAUUUGAAGAGUUGUACUAUCAAAACGUGACAUGUGAUCACCAGGACCGUGUUUUUAAGAUCUACAGAACCACUGCUCUUGACCAGAAACUUGUGAAGAAGACUUUCAAACUGGUAGAUGAAACCCUAAGAAGGAGAAAUCUCUUUGAAGCAGGCUUAUUGUGACACCGACAACCAUUUCAUAUGCUACAAAUGUCAAUAGUUCAGUAAAAGCUUCAUCAAUUUUUUUUGACAAUGAGAUCUACACAAUCAAUUCAGUAUGGUAUUUCACAGGUUAAAGAAAAUAUGAUUUUAUAUUUGCGGUUCAUUGGUUCAUUUUAGGCACUCGCCUCAAGUACCCUCCCUUAUUUUCAUCUACUACCUGGGAUCUUUCAACAUAUAUUUUCUCCAUGUAUGUAGCUUUCUUGGUGGAAAAAAGAAUGUUGAAUUUAUGAUCAUACGUCUCUUUUAACUUUCUAAA